CGGCUGAUAGUAGGAUUAAUCGAGAACAAACAAUGACGAUCCAGCUUCGUGUUGUGACACAGUGGCCGUAUCCUACACGCGACCUUGUAGAUGCCACUUGUAGUUAACUUCCACUCGCUCGAUCGAAUGAUGGUCCGUGCUGCUAGCGGGGUAACAGCGGUGCGGGAGAAUUAUUCUUGCUGAUAUAUCAGCUGCGUAUCAGAUCACUGGCGGGGUAGCCUGCCCCUACCAGUGUGCAGAAGAUGUUUCUGCCGAUAAACUGCCGGCUGUUGUUAUCGCGAAGCACAAGAACUAAUCGACAAAAAAAACACCCGUACGAUAACUCGUGUAUUGUUAUUUUGCGAACUCAAACGGAGAUGAACAAUUUGCGUCUAAUCGAGACGAAAGCAAAACAACGAAUGCAGUAGACAUCUGUUAGUUGGAAUUCCUAAUAUUUUUUAAUUUUUCUUGGCAAUCAAAAUCUGAUAAACUUUCAAAUAUAAUCAAUUUAUAAUGUUUGCACAAUUGAAUUGAAUUGUUCGAAAAAAAUAUUGAAAGUACGAUUCAACUACACAAGUACUUUUUUUUUUAAUUCAAAGACCUGAAUAUCAGGAGAGAAUGGUAACAAUGAAGAGAGCAGUGUGUGAGCAUAUUUUGACAGGACAAAAUAGUUUUACUGUGAGCCUAUAGGAGUAAAAUGCGCAAUAUAUUAUUCCAUAGUAAGUCACCGUUUUUUUUUAUUCCAACCUAAUUUGAAAACUAGCAAUAUUUUAUUUGAUAGAGUGACAGAAAAGGUACUUAAAAUGGUAUUGAUAAUAUUUGGACAGAUAUGACAAGUCGCAUGAUUUGUAUUUGAUACGAGAAGGAAAUUUUUAAAUACAAUCGAUGGGACAAUAAGUGGUUCGAAAAAAACAACAAUGCACUACUUGUGUUCAACAUUGUUGUCGUCUCCGAACGCGUCGUAGUUUUGACGUCAUUCUGAUAAGUAGGUACAAAAUAUGGGAACCGCCACCCCCGCUGCGGCAGAAGAUCAAGUUCGCCGUUUCGUCGCGUGUUGGGGUCAGUUCAUAGCACAACAAAACAAAAAAAAAGCAAAACAGAUGUCGAUUGAAACGAGCAAUAAAAAAAGCACAAAUCGAAACACCAUCAAAUCAAAUGGUGGGAAUUCUCGCUUCGGUGGUCACUAUCAUCGGUUCGAGCGAGCGAACUUUCGGCGCGAUUGAUUAUGGCAGCAGUAGCAAAUUCUUACAAUUCCUAUGUAGAGUAUACGAGAGCGGACAUCAUCUCUGCUGGGCUUCUCGAAAGGGUGGGAGCGGCCGAGGUGGCGAAACGGCGCGAAGUGAACACCAACUAGAAAAGCUUGUGAACAGCGCCUUACAGCAGCCCGAGCGCCAAAACGUGAAUCAUUCCAAGUUGGUAAUUUGUCGAGUACUGAAGCGUUUCAAAAAUCAUCCAGCAAGCGUUUGCCCUUGGUACCUACCGGUGGAAAAAAAAAGAAUUGUAAAAGAUCAGGAUGUCGGCUGCAUUCUUGCAUUGGUUACUUCUGCUGGCUGUAAACGUGUGUGAAAGUUUUCUCAUGAUGGAGUACCUGGUAGGAGGGUGGAAAGCCAACCAGGGACAGUUUCCUCAUAUGGCGAUACUUGGGCGCCUAAAAAGCGAUGACUCGUUAGAGUGGUUCUGUGGUGGAUCACUAAUUUCGGCCCAAUUUGUGCUUACCGCGGCCCACUGUGCCAAUAGUCAGAUGUUGGAUCCCCCGCGACUGGUGCGUCUUGGUGAGUUCGAUCUGAGCACGGAUGACGAUGGUGAGCAUCAGGAUGUGGCAAUUUCCCGCAUCGUGCAUCAUCCGGCUUACAACGGUGUUCGGGCUUACAACGAUAUUGCACUGAUCCAGUUGAAUCGGACCGUGGCCUUCAGCCACAUUAUUCAACCUGCUUGCUUGUGGCAACUUCAAUCACUACCAGAUGAGCGACCGAACGCGAUCGGUUGGGGACAGCUGGGCUACAAUGGUAACCAACCGGCAGAACUGCACCAGGUAGAUCUACCACUAGUCGACCAGAGCGAAUGUAAUUGGCUGCUGUCCAGGCCGCGCACUCGGCGACUUCCACUGGGCGUACUACCGUCGCAAAUUUGUGCCGGUGAGCUGGACGGUGGCAAGGACACCUGCGAAGGCGAUUCCGGUGGGCCGCUUCAGGUACGCUCGAAAAAUAUGAGCUGUCAGUACGACAUCGUUGGAAUCACCUCGAUCGGCGGAGUCUGUGGAACUGCACGGAAGCCAGGUGUUUACACGCGCGUUUCCUACUUUCUCCAGUGGAUUGAGUCAAUUAUGGGGACGAAAUAAAACGCUCGUAAUAUUUAAAUCUUUGCCUGUUUUUAUUGUUAUAUAUUGUCUGAAAAACAUUCGCAUGUAUAACAAUGUAUGUAUUUGACUGUGUGCAUAUAAAUAUAAAUAUAUGCUAAUUUUUCGUUGUCCUCUUUUUAGAUUUAGCUUUUGGUUAUACCUGCAAGUGAUUUGUCCCUCAGAUUUCUUUUUUUCAUGUAUAGUUUAUUUAUUAAAACCUUCCAUUGAUUUCAAGUAAAAGAUUUCAAUAUAGUAAUAAUGAGAUAAGGUAAAACGAUGAUCAUUAUUAUAUAAGUUUAAUCAGAUUGG